UCGGAGCGCGGAAGAGCCUGAGCGACUGUUGCCGGGUUUCGGGUGCGUCUCCCGCCGCGGACGCCCGGGCGAGGAAGGAGAGAAGAUGGUGGUCCUCCGCAGCAGCCUUGAGCUGCACAGCCACCCCGCUGCCUCGGCCACGGACUCUCUGGACCUGUCCAGCGAGUUCCUCAGCCUGAAGCAGAUCGGCCGGAGGCGGCUCCGCUCGGCCGGCGCCGCUGAGCAGUCCGCCGUCACCGUGGCCGCCGCGGGCGAUGGGUCUUCAGUUAAGGAAGUUGAAACCUACCACCGGACACGUGCUUUAAGGUCCUUGAGAAAAAAUGCACAGAAUUCUUCAGAUUCUAGUUUUGAUAAGAAUACGGAAAUAUCGGAGAAACAUACUAAUGGCAGGCAUUUUACAAGGCAGUUGGCCAGACAGCAGGCUGAUAAAAAAAAAGAAGAGUGCAAAGAAGACAAAGUAAUUACAGUUACUCGGUCAUUGAGGACUAGAAACAUAGUUCAAAAGACAGAACGCUUGCAUGAAGAGAAUGGUGAUGUUGAAGUUCGCCGAAGUUGCAGGAUUAGAAGUCGUUAUGGUAGCAUGAACCAGUCUGUACUAUUUGACAAACUUAUAACAAACACUGCUGAAGCUGUACUUCAAAAAAUGGAUGAUAUGAAGAAGAUGCGUAGACAGCGAUUGAGAGAACUUGAAGACUUGGGAGUGUUUAAUGAAACAGAAGAAGGGAAUCUUAAUAUGUACACAAGAGGAAAACAAAAAGCUAUUCAAAGAACUGACGAAGAAACAACUGACAAUCAAGAAGGCAGUGUGGAGUCAUCUGAAGAGGGUGAAGACCAAGAAGAUGAAGAUGAUGGUGAAGAUGAAGAUGAUGAUGAAGAAGAUGAUGAUGAAGAAGAUGAUGAUGAUGAAGAUGAUGACGAUGAAGAUGAAGAGGAUGGAGAGGAAGAUAAUCAGAAGCGAUAUUAUCUUAGACAGAGAAAAGCUACUGUUUACUAUCAGGCUCCAUUGGAAAAACCUCGUCAUCAGAGAAAGCCCAACAUAUUUUAUAGUGGCCCAGCUUCUCCCACAAGACCAAGAUAUCGAUUAUCUUCUGCGGGACCAAGAAGUCCUUAUUGUAAACGAAUGAACAGGCGAAGGCAUGCAAUCCACAGUAGUGACUCUACUUCAUCUUCCUCUUCUGAAGAUGAACAACACUUUGAGAGGCGAAGAAAAAGGAGCCGCAAUAGAGCUAUCAACAGGUGCCUCCCACUAAAUUUUCGGAAAGAUGAAUUAAAAGGAAUUUAUAAAGAUCGAAUGAAAGUUGGAGGAAGCCUUGCUGAUGUUGAUCCAAUGCAACUAGAUUCUUCAGUGCGAUUUGAUAGUGUUGGUGGCUUGUCUAAUCAUAUUGCAGCUCUAAAAGAGAUGGUGGUGUUUCCAUUACUUUAUCCAGAAGUCUUUGAAAAAUUCAAAAUUCAACCUCCAAGAGGUUGUUUGUUUUAUGGUCCACCUGGAACUGGAAAAACUCUGGUUGCUAGAGCACUUGCCAAUGAAUGCAGUCAAGGGCAUAAAAGAGUAGCAUUUUUCAUGAGGAAAGGUGCUGAUUGUCUGAGUAAGUGGGUAGGAGAAUCUGAAAGACAGCUGCGAUUGCUAUUUGAUCAGGCCUAUCAGAUGCGCCCAUCAAUUAUUUUCUUUGAUGAAAUCGAUGGUCUGGCUCCAGUACGAUCAAGCAGGCAAGAUCAAAUUCACAGUUCAAUUGUUUCCACCCUGCUAGCUCUUAUGGAUGGAUUGGACAGCAGAGGAGAAAUUGUCAUCAUUGGCGCUACCAACAGACUGGAUUCUAUCGAUCCUGCUUUACGAAGGCCUGGUCGUUUUGACAGAGAAUUCCUUUUUAGCCUACCUGAUAAAGAUGCUCGAAAAGAAAUUCUAAAGAUUCACACAAGGGAUUGGAAUCCUAAACCACUGGACACAUUUCUAGAAGAACUAGCAGAAAACUGUGUUGGGUACUGUGGUGCAGAUAUUAAGUCAAUAUGUUCUGAGGCUGCUUUGUGUGCUCUGCGUCGACGCUACCCACAGAUCUAUACCACCAGUGAGAAACUACAGUUGGAUCUCUCUUCAAUUAAUAUCUCAGCUAAGGACUUUGAGGUAGCUAUGCAAAAGAUGAUACCAGCCUCCCAAAGAGCUGUGACAUCACCUGGGCAGGCACUGUCCACCAUUGUGAAACCACUCCUGCAAAGCACUGUUCACAAGAUCUUAGAAGCUCUGCAGAGAGUAUUUCCACAGGCGGAAAUCAGAACUAAAAAGGCAUUAGACUCAGAUAUUUCUUGUCCUCUUUUAGAAAGUGACUUGGCAUACAGUGAUGAUGAUGUUCCAUCAGUAUAUGAAAAUGGACUUUCUCAAAAAUCCUUUAAUAAGGCAAAAGAAAAUUUUAAUUUUCUUCAUUUGAAUAGAAAUGCUUGUUAUCAACCUAUGUCUUUUCGACCAAGAAUACUGAUAGUAGGAGAACCAGGAUUUGGGCAAGGUUCUCAUUUAGCACCAGCUGUCAUCCAUGCUUUGGAAAAAUUUGCAGUAUACACAUUAGACAUUCCUGUUCUUUUUGGAGUCAGUGCUACAUCUCCUGAAGAAACAUGUGCCCAGAUGAUUCGUGAAGCUAAGAAAACAGCACCAAGUAUAGUGUAUGUUCCUCAUAUUCACUUGUGGUGGGAAAUAGUUGGACCAACACUUAAAGCCACAUUUACCACAUUAUUACAGAAUAUUCCUUCUUUUGCUCCAGUUUUACUACUUGCGACUUCUGACAAACCCCAUUCCACUCUACCAGAAGAGGUGCAAGAAUUAUUUAUCCAUGAUUAUGGAGAAAUUUUUAAUGUCCAGUUGCCUGGUAAAGAAGAACGGACACAAUUUUUUGAAGAUUUAAUUCUAAAGCAAGCUGCUAAGCCUCCUAUAUCAAAAAAGAAAGCAGUUUUGCAGGCCUUGGAGGUACUCCCUGUAGCACCACCACCUGAACCAAGACCAUUGACAGCAGAAGAAGUGAAACGACUGGAAGAACAAGAAGAAGAUACAUUUAGAGAACUAAGGAUUUUUUUAAGAAAUGUUACACAUAGGCUUGCUAUUGACAAGCGAUUCAGAAUAUUUACUAAACCUGUUGACCCUGAUGAGGUUCCUGAUUAUGUCACUGUAAUAAAGCAACCAAUGGACCUUUCAUCUGUAAUCAGUAAAAUUGAUCUCCACAAGUAUCUGACUGUGAAAGACUAUUUGAGUGAUAUCGAUCUAAUCUGUAGUAAUGCUUUAGAAUACAAUCCAGAUAGAGAUCCUGGAGAUCGUCUUAUUAGACAUAGAGCCUGUGCUUUAAGAGAUACUGCCUAUGCAAUAAUUAAAGAAGAACUUGAUGAAGACUUUGAGCAGCUUUGUGAAGAAAUUCAGGAAUCUAGGAAGAAGAGAGGUUGUAGCUCUUCCAGAUAUGCCCCAUCUUACUACCAUGUAAUGCCAAAGCAAAAUUCCACUCCUGCUGGUGAUAGAAGACCAGAUCCAGAGCAAAAUGAAAAGCUGAAGACCCCCAGUACUCCUAUGGCUUGCAGCACUCCUGCUCAGUUGAAGAGAAAAAUCCGCAAAAAGUCGAAGUGGUACUUAGGCACCAUAACAAAACGAAGGAGGAUUUCACAGGCAAAAGAUGAUGGCCAAAAUGUCGUAGAUGACAAAAUUGAGAGUGAUACAGAGGAAAAUCAAGAUACAAGUGUAGACCACAAUGAGGCUGGAAACACAGGGGAGUCUUCAAUGGAGGAAAAUGAAAAGCAGCAAAAUGCCUCUGAAAGCAAAAUAGAAUUGGGAAAUAAUAAUUCAAGUACUUGUUUUGAAAAUCAACUUGAAGAAUCUGGAAAGACUAUAGCAUGUACAGAAUUGAGGAAAGAUAAGAUCACUUGCAAUGGAGAUGCUUCUGGCUCUCAGAUAACAGAUAUUUCUGAUGAAAAUGAAGCAAAAGAAAUGUGUGUCCUGCGAAUGACUCGAGCUAGACGUUCCCAGGUAGAGCAACAGCAGCUCAUCUGUGUCGAAAAGGCUUUGGCGAUUCUUUCUCAGCCGACACCCUCCCUUGUUGUGGACCCUGAGCGAUUAAAAAAUCUUUUGAAGACUGUUGUUAGAAAAAGUCAAGAAUACAAUAUUUUUCAGUUGGAAAAUUUGUAUGCUGUAAUCAGCCAGUGUAUUUAUCAGCAUCGCAGGGAUUAUGACAAGACAACACUUAUUCAGAAAAUGGAGCAAGAGAUAGAAAACUUCAGUUGUUCCAGAUCAUGAUGUCAUGGUACCAAAUAUUCUUUAUAUUCCGUUCCUA